CGUUGUUUUAGUAAUGGUGUCUGGAACUAUUUUACAAAACUAUUUCAUAAUUUCAUUAAAGUUUACUAAAAUGGAACUUUUUCCCGGACACAUCGCAUCUUUAAUCCCAGUUCUUCGAGAAACCACUAGCAUUCACUCUAUCGACCUAACAAGUUAUAAUUCCUACAUAUUUGCAAAGGAAAGGUGCUCAAAAACUGGGCCUCGUUCGAACGUUAACCACCCUUAA